AUGAUAUGUAAGAAAUCAGAAAUUAUUUUUUUUAUAAUUUUUUUUACCUUUGAAAUAAAAUCACAUGAUUCUAUUAUUUCGUGCUAUCAUGACAUUGCAAGAAGUGAUGUAACAAAUCAAAUAGAUCCAUUUCUUUGUACUCACAUAAUGUUAAUAAAUUCUUGUUUUCUAAACAAUUCAGAUCAAAUUGUUUUUCCUCAUAUUGAAGAUAUGAAAGAUGUUUUAGACCUUAGAAAUACAAAUAAACAUUUAAAGAUUUUAUUAACUUUUUUACCUAGAUCUGAAUCUAUGAGAAAAAUAAUAUAUGAUGACAAGAAGUUUAAUAAUCUUAUAUAUAGCAUUUUUGACUUUGUUCAAUUUUCUGGAUUAGAUGGUUUCGAUUUGGAUUGGGAAUUUCCCGCUUGGGGUCGUGGAUCUAAGCCUAGUGAACGAGAUAAAUUUACUGAAUUAGUUCAAAAACUUUAUAAUCUUUUUAAUAAUCGAAAUUUAACAAAAAAAUAUCUUCUAACUAGUGCAGUAUCAGGACCAUAUACUAUUGCAUUGAAAAGCUAUAAUCUCUCUGCUAUUAAACCUUUUGUUGGAUUUAACUCUCCUUUAUAUGCAGAGCCAUAUGAGAUUUACAUAGCAGCAAGAAUGAACUCUGCUUAUUCUACAGAAUAUUAUUUAAAAAAUGGAGUCCCUUCACAUAAAUUAGUUUUUGGUAUACCAACAUAUGGACGAGGAUAUAAAUUACUAGAAAAACAUAUACAUUUCCCAUACGCUCCAGCAAUUGGCUCAUCUUUUCUAGGGUCAUCAUAUUCAUAUAUAAUUUCAUGUAAUUAUUUAAUUGAUAGAAGUUUUAAAUUUAUUUGGAAUAAUCAUGCUGCAAGUGGUUAUCUUGUAAACAAUAAUAGAGAUUGGAUUGGGCUUGAAACAGAAAGAAGUGUGAAAGAAAAAGCAUCAUAUGCAGCAAAAAAAAAAUUAGGAGGUAUAAUGAUAUUUGCAUUAUUCGAAGAUGAUUACAAAGGAGUUUGUCCUGGAAGUAAAAAGAAAAAAAUGUUUUUAACUAAAACAGCAAAAAAAGCGUUUUUAGAAGCGAGAAAAAAAAUGAAUAUAUUAUAA